GAAGUAAUCAUGGCAGAAAAUGAUUUUGCGCCCAAGUUCGCGCCGUUCUUCGGAAUGGCGGGCAUUUGCUUCGCAAUGACCUUCGGAUGUAUCGGAGCAGCAUACGGGACCGCAAAGUCUGGUAUUGGAAUCGCCGGAGUUGGUACCUUCAGACCAGAUCUUAUUAUGAAGUCCCUUAUUCCAGUCGUCAUGUCUGGUAUUAUCGCAGUUUACUCUCUAGUCAUUGCGGUCUUGAUUGCCUCGGACAUUGGCCCUCCUCCAAAUCAACACUACAGCUUGUUCAACGGUUUCAUGCAUCUUGCAUGCGGUCUUUCGGUAGGUUUGACGGGACUGGCAGCGGGAUACGCAAUUGGGAUUGUUGGAGACAUGGGAGUAAGGUCAUAUAUGCUGCAGUCGAGGAUAUUCGUUGGAAUGGUUCUGAUCUUGAUUUUCGGAGAAGUUCUGGGUCUUUAUGGACUAAUUGUGGCAUUGAUUCUCAACACAAAGAGCAGAGGAUAG